AUGGACGUGUCCACUGCAGCUUGUUUUUUUAAAGUUGGAACUGCGGGAAACAGCAACAACGUAAAUGAGGUGUGUGCUACAGUUGAGGAUGCAGGUACGCGCACGCCCUUCGGUUUGCCGCCACGCCAUGUGGUAACUACACAGUGUGGCUCAAGCGUGCCAGUUGCACAGGCCUUGAGAGAACAGUCGGGGAGUUGCGGUGGCAGUGAUCGCGGCUCAGCCGAUUCCUUGUUGCACAGCAGUUGUUGGUUUUUCUGGGACGUCGGAACGCAAACCACAGGUAGCAGGAGUCAAAAACACCCAAGAACACAAACACUUUUGCCUACAUCACGUAGUUUGAUCACCAUCGUAUCUCCUUUGUUGGCGCGUUGCUGCAUUCGUGGAGAUCCGGCAUUAUGCGUCACACCUAACCUCGGGUUGGAAACCAUUGGCGAAGUUUGUGUUCACCAUGUUUCCUCUCUGAAAGAUGUGCAGCGUCGACGCUGUGACCAGCGGGUACAUCUUUGGUGCUUCCAAUCGAGUAGCGCGUCACGCCAAAAUUUUCUUCAGGCCUUGCAUUUCGCAACCGCAUUCCAGGUUCCUGCGGAGGAGCAGCAACAGCACCACAGCGAUAUCGAUGACGGGAAUGAGACCCUAGAGGAGCUCGAAGAACAUCUAGAAGCCGUCAGAAAGAUCUGCCUGUACACCCCUCGGCGACGUGCUUUUGAGGAGGUGUUAGAAGCUGAGAGGCCCCAGGAGACGCCCGAGGGCGAUGUAGAACGAUUGGCGCCAGCAGCAGAACCACCAGAAGAAGCAACAGCCCAAGACAAACACCCCCAGCCUGCGCGCGUGGCAACCCUUGAGGAAAUCCAGCACGAUUUGCUCGAGGCGGAAGCCGAAGUGCGCCAGUUUGAAAGCCGACAGGCAGCCGAGCUGGAAACAGAGGUAGAAGGUGAAAUGCGACAACUGAUCGCUAAACACAAGCACUCUUCUGCUGGUGUGGCUGAUAUAUCUGCUACGCCCUCGGCAAUGGAACGGGAGGCCCAUGCUGGCGCAACACCCUCUCCCGAAGGCGCUAGCGCCAGUGCCAGCCAUAGCUCUCUUGCCUCGCAAACAGAAGCACAGGUCAAGCAUGCUACAGUGUUAGCUACAGUACUAGAAGCGAGCGGAGCUCUAGCAACAGCAGCGAGGAACCAUCCCAGCAGCAGGGCAGCGCUAGCAGGAGAUGUGGAUGAGCUGGAAAGUGAAAAUACAAACACCUCGGCAAAGAGCGAGGAAGACCCCGGAGAAGAUGUGGAAGACAGCGAAGAGGUCAACCGACAAGUUAAGGGAAAGGAUAACGGGAUAGAGAAAAUCAGUGGCGAAAGGGAGAAAGCAGAGAGGACAGUUGGUGGUGGAGCGUCCGAGGGACGCAAACCUCCAGUUUGA